AUGGCUCAACCCAAAGCUGGUGGUUUGACAGCACCCCAGGGCCAACCACCCCAAGGCCAGGCACCCCAGGGCCAACCACCCCAAGGCCGGGCACCCCAGGGCCAACCACCCCAAGGCCGGGCACCCCAGGGCCAACCACCCCAAGGCCAGGCACCUCAGGGCCAAUCACCCCAAGGCCAGGCACCCCAGGGCCAAGCACCCCAGAGCCAGGCACCCCAGGGCCAACCACCCCAACGCCAAGCACCUCAGAACCAACCACCCCAAGGCCAGGUACCCCAGGGCCAGGGACGUCAGAGCCAACCACCUCAGGGCCAGGCACCCCAGAGUCAGGCUCCCAACAGCAAACCUAAGGAGCAGGAAGAGCCCCCACAUCCCUCCAUCCAGAAGGCCCUGGUGACAGGAGGGGGUGGCUACUUUGGGUUCAAUCUGGGCUCCAGCCUUGUCCGGAAGGGGGUCUCAGUGGUUUUGCUUGACAUCCAGCGUCCUAAAUGGGAGCUACCAAAGGAGUUGCAUUCAUCCAGGUAUGGUUGGGACUACCUCGGUGACAUCCGGGAUGGGGAGGCCCUAUAUCGAGCCUGUGAAGGGGUUGACUGUGUUUUCCAUGUGGCUUCCUAUGGAAUGUCAGGUGCUGAAAAGCUGCAUAAAGAACAGAUUGAAUCUGUAAACAUUGGAGGAACUAAAAUAGUGAUUAACGUCUGCAUCAAACGGCAAAUUCCAAGGCUCAUCUACACCAGCACUGUCAAUGUUGCAUUUGGAGGAAAGCCCAUUGAGCAGGGCGAUGAAGACUCCGUGCCAUAUUUCCCACUUGAGAAGCACAUUGACCACUAUUCACGGACCAAAGCCAUCGCAGACCAGCUGAUCCUCACAUCCAAUGGAACCCCACUUCCUGGAGGAGGUACCCUUCGAACAUGUGUCCUUCGUCCCCCAGGCAUCUAUGGACCAGAAGAACAGAGGCACCUUCCCCGAGUGGUGGGUAGCAUCAGGAAGAGACUGUUCACCUUCAAAUUUGGGGAUCCCAGGACACGUAUGAACUGGGUCCAUGUGCAGAACCUGGUCCAGGCACACCUUCUGGCUGCAGAGGCACUCAGUGCAAACAAAAGUUACAUUGCGAGUGGCCAAGCAUAUUACAUCAACGAUGGUGAAAGCGUCAACCUCUUUGAAUGGAUGUCCCCUCUGUUUGAUAAGAUGGGAUACAGCCGGCCAUGGAUCCAGAUUCCUACUUCCUUGGCUUACCUGGCAGCUGCAGGAAUGGAAUAUUUCCACCUGGCCCUGAAACCCAUUUGUGAUUUGCCACCUCUGCUGACCCGAAGUGAGGUGUGGAGUAUCGCCGUGACGCACACCUUCCAGAUCCGGAAGGCCCGUGACCAACUUGGCUACAUCCCGGAGAAGUUCACCUUUGCUGACUCAGUGGACCACCAUAUCCAGACCAGGCCCAAGCAGCAGCGCCACAGCCCAGGGCUUCUCAGAUUCCUGAUGGCCCUCAUCUGUCUUCUUGGUGCACUCUUGCUUUCCCUGUACUUCCUAGACCCCUCAUUCCUGGGGCUUUCCCAUGGAAACCACAUGUGA